AUGUCAUCCUCGCAGCCCUUCCUCUCCUCCUCGCCAUCCUCCCUAACUUCUCCACGCCGCAAGAAGAGCCGCUUCACGUACAAGCAUCUAGCCGCGCUAUCACAGUCGCAAACGACAUGUCCCCUCCGCGUCAUCGCCCACAUCGACCUCGAUGCCUUCUACGCUCAAUGCGAGAUGGUGCGCCUCGGGAUCCCCGCAGACAAACCCCUCGCCGUCCAGCAAUGGCAGGGCCUGAUCGCCAUAAACUACCCAGCGCGCAAGUUCGGGCUGAAUAGGCACAUCACCAGCACAGAAGCGCAGAAGCUGUGCCCCGAGCUGAUCAUGCAGCAUGUAGCAACAUGGCAAGAGGGCGACGACAAGUGGGCCUACCGCGAAGACUCCUUCAAGAACAUGGCCUCGCAGAAAGUCUCCUUGGAUCCAUACCGUCUCGAAUCCCGCAAGAUCCUCGCCACGAUCAAGGAAGCCUUACCCCCUGCGCCAAUCCAGCGCGUGGAGAAAGCCAGCAUCGAUGAGGUCUUCCUCGACCUCUCCGCUCAAAUCCAUUCCAUUCUCCUGCAGCGCUAUCCCAAGCUCUCCGGUCCCCCGCCGUACGACGACCCAAGCACACCUCUCCCACGGCCCCCAACAACCGCACUUGACUGGCACACCGACGCGCUCGUCGACCUCGAUGCCUCGCAAACCGAAGACGACGACCCGGACUGGGACGACAUCUGCAUCCUGCUCGGGUCGGAGACCGUGCGCCGCAUCCGGGAGACCAUCCGCGCCAAGCUCAACUACACGUGCAGCGCGGGCGUGGCGCGCAACAAGCUCCUCGCGAAGCUCGGGUCUGGACACCAGAAGCCCAACGCGCAGACCGUGGUCCGCAACCGCGCGGUCGGAUAUUUCCUGUCGAGUUUCAAGUUCACCAAGAUCCGCAACUUGGGCGGCAAGCUUGGAGACGAGGUCGUUGCGCUUUGCGGGACGGAUUCUGUCGCUGAGCUACUGAGCGUGCCGCUUGAGACGCUGAAGCGCGGGCUUGGGGAUGAUACGGGGACGUGGGUCUAUCAUGCUGUGCGUGGUGAGGAUUACUCGGAGGUCAACCCCCGCACGCAGACCAAGUCCAUGCUGUCGGCCAAGUCCUUCCGGCCCGCGAUCAACGCUUUCGAGGUCGGGGUUCGCUGGCUACGUAUCUUUGCAGCGGAUAUCUUCAGUCGUUGUAUUGAGGAGGGCGUGCUGGAGAAUAAACGCCGGCCCAGGACGAUCAAUCUGCAUCAUAAACAGGGCGCCCAGACACGGAGCAAGUCGGCACCGAUCCCCAGGGGCGGGGCGCUGAGCGAGGAAACGCUGUUUGAGCUUGCGAGGGCGCUGUUGGCGCAGGUCGUGGCGGAUGGGAGGGCGUGGCCGUGCGCGAAUUUGAGUCUCAGUGUCGGCGGAUUCGAAGACGGGGUAGUUGGAAAUAGGGGUAUAGGCGGUUUUCUCGUAAGAGGAGAGGAAGCAAAGGCAAUGCUGGCUAGCGAGCGAAUGAACGCCGCUGUCCAUGGGGACGCAGAGGCGGAAGAGGAGGAUCAUGGAGAAGAGACGGAGAGGCCCCAAAAGAGGCGGAAGCUGAGGCCAGACAACCCCAGCAUCGCGAACUUCUUCGGCAGGCGGGAAUCAAGCAAAGACGAGCCCGAACCGGAGCCGUCGCCUGAGCCAGAACGACAGCCCGACCCCGAACCCAUCCAUCACCACCCCAGCCUCUCCUCCAGCAAAGCCGCCCUAACACCGGUCCCAGACCCCACCUCAACCCCCUCUGACGACCUUGACGCCGCUCUCCUGCGCUCCUUCUCCGCCGCCGCGCCCUCGCCGCCCCCCUCCCCUCCUGCCGUCAAGAAACCCCGCUUCUUCCCCUCCUCCUCCCCGAACCAAACCGAAAACGACGUAUCGGACACGUAUCCCUCGUCCCCCACCGCACCACCGGAGCAAGCAGCGACCUACCCCUGCGCGCAAUGCGGCAACUUUCCGAUUCCAAUGAGCCAGGAAGCUGAGCACGAAGACUGGCAUUUCGCCAAGGAGCUGGCAAAGGAUUUGAGAGCUGAGGAGCGGGAGCGAGGGCGCGAGCGCGACGCCUCUGCUAGUACAGCUGCAGAAGAUCGCAAGACGGCGGUGCAGCCGAGGGGGAGGCGGAGGGGGCGGCCGCCUGGGGUUAGUAAGGCUGGUACUAGUGCGAGUGGCAGAACUGGCGUAGCUGCUGGUGCCGGUGCUGGUGCUAGCGUUGAUGCUGGCAGUGGAAACGGUAGGGGCAGGGGAAGAGGGAGGGGUAGACCGCCGCUGGGUGCGAUCGGAGUUGGGGUUGAGAGAGGGCAGCGGAGGUUGGGGUUUGGGAGGGGAGAGGGGUGA